CUUCUCAAGAUACGCUUUAUUGUUUUGAACUUAUCAAUGGAUCGUGUUCUAAAUCAUUAAGGCCGGCCUUAAUAAAUGGUGCUAUGUAUAUUUUCAUGUCUGGAACGAUACUAGUAACAAUUUGUGGAAACUUAAUAGUUAUAAUCGCCAUUUCACAUUUCAGGCAACUUCAUUCACCUACAAAUUUUCUUAUCUUGUCCUUAGCUUGUGUGGAUUUCCUUUUAGGGGUACUUGUCAUGCCCCAUAGUAUGGUUCGAUCUGUUGAAACCUGCUGGUACUUUGGAGAUUUUGUAUGUAAAAUUCAUUCCAGCUGUGAUAUGAUGAUGUCAAUGGCUUCCAUUUCCCACCUUUGCUUUAUUUCCAUUGACCGCUACUAUGCAGUGUGUGAUCCUCUGCACUAUCAAACAAAGAUUACUACAUUAGUGGUUUCUCUGUUUAUUGCUUUCAGCUGGCUUUACGCAAUGUGUUUUGCUUUUGGAGUAGUGUUUUCAAAUGUACAAUUAGUAGGCAUUGAAGACUUCAUUUUAUCCAGCUCUUGUGUUGGAAACUGCGGUCUGAUUUUUAACAAACAGUGGGGGGUACUUGUAACAAUUUUUGCCAUUGUUAUUCCAGGAACAAUUAUGAUAUUUUUAUAUAUAAAAAUCUUCUUAGUUGCAAAAAGGCACAUCAGAAUAUUAAAUAAAAUGCCGGGAAGUAAAGUUACGCAGGAGGAAAAGAAAAAACAAAAAUUUCAGGAAACAGAAAAUAAAGCAGCAAAAACAUUGGGUAUUGUAAUGGGAGUGUUCUUGGUGUGUUGGUCGCCCUUUUUUAUUGCCACAAUCAUUGACCCUUUUGUUGGUUUCACAACACCACCUGUGCUAUUUGAUGCCUUGGUGUGGUUGGGAUACUUUAAUUCAACUUUUAAUCCUAUUAUAUAUGGGUUCUUUUAUCCAUGGUUUCAAAAAGCCUUGAAAAUCAUAUUAACAGGUAGAAUUUUCACCAGGGGUUCAGAUACCAUAACUCUUUUCCCAGAGUGA